GCGCUGGCGCGUCACUGACCCCCAGGAGUCCCGGUUUCCGUCCGUGGACUCAGCUGGAGGCUUUCCCCUUCCACCCUUGAUUUGCACUGUUGACAUGCAGAGGCCGUCACAAGGAGACCUCUUUCUUUGCCGCAAUGGUCGUUAACCUCCGAAUGACCCCCGUGUGUGGAGCCCACGCCUCGGAAAAGCGCCGCAGACAGUCAGUGCAACAGUUGCGCCAGAGGAUGGCGCAGCACGACAGUGGAAAAACUCCUCGCAUAGCUGAGAGCGCAAGGCAGGGGAGGCGCGCACUCUCUCCCAUCCCGCCCGAGUGUUUCCUGCGUGCACGAGUUUACCUCUGGAGGUCACCAGGCAGGAUUUACGACUGGUCAACAAAAGCACGUGAUUCUGCCUCGUACCCCAUAUUUGGGUGCCUACGUAAGAGAGAAUCAAGUCCAUGUCCCACUCUCAUUUCCAUAAUUCAUCAUAAAUUGUGCAAGGGUGCAAUAGGACGCGCUAAAGCAUAAGAGCCACAAAUCAAGGAGCUGCAGGUUUAUGCUGUUUACUUCCACUAAAAUAAUCACAAAAACAACAGCAAUACCUGCAGCGAGCAAAAAAGGGGGAACUGUCAACAAAUGAGCUCCUAUUUUGUGAACUCAUUCUGCGGUCGCUAUCCCAAUGGCGCGGACUUUCAGUUACAUAAUUAUGGAGAGCAUAAUACCGCGAACGAGCAAUACAGGGACUCCACGGCCAUGCAUUCCAGCAGGUACGGCUAUGGCUACAACGGAAUGGACUUGACGGUCGGGCGGACCGGCGGCGGACACUUUGUGGGCAGCGAGCGGACGCCGGGCUACUCCCCGACGCACACAGCGGCGGCAGCGGCAAGCCCUUCAGUGGACAACGUCAGGUACAGCCAGUCCGCGGGCGGCAGCCAGAACUCGUCCCUUUCGCCUCCACCUGAGCCUCUGCCGUGCUCCUCCUCCACGGUGGCCAGCUUGUCGCCGGGCGCCGAGACGCAACCCCAACUCAGAGCCGUGAAGAACUCCAUAAGCGGCGCCCAGUGCUCGGGCUCGAACGGGGGAGGCACGCUGUUGCUUGGUCGGGACUGUGCGUCCAAGGCUUCCCCCCUGGAGGAAGAUAAGCCUGCGGGGAGCGCACCGACGACUCCUCAGAGUGCCAGCGACUCGGCACAGCCUCAGAUAUACCCGUGGAUGAGAAAACUCCACAUAAGUCAUGAUUUGUCCGGACCUGAAGGCAAGCGAGCCCGAACCGCCUACACCCGGUACCAGACCCUGGAGCUGGAGAAGGAGUUCCACUUCAACCGGUACCUGACCCGCAGGCGGCGGAUCGAGAUCGCCCAUGCCCUCUGCCUCUCCGAGAGACAGAUCAAAAUCUGGUUCCAGAACCGCAGAAUGAAGUGGAAGAAGGACAACAAGCUGAAGAGCAUGAGCAUGGCGGCCGCAGGCGGGGGAGCCUACAGGCCUUGAUAGCCCCCCCUACAUCUUCUCUCAUAAAUAAAGUGAAAUGAAAUAAACUAUUGAAAGUGUACAAAAAAAAAAAUAAGAAAAAAAUCUCGCAAAGACUUGUUGGCGGAGGCUUUGAGCCACCUCAUCUUCUGUAAAUGCCCCCAUUAACCUUAUAUUUUCUUUAUAUUCUCACCGUGUUAAUCAGUAUGCGAGUAAAAAUAUGCAUUAUGUACAGUUCUGUUAAGAUUAAGGACAAAAAAAGAGAAAGAAACGUUUAAAUUAUUUCUUGUUCAGAAGGAGAAAAAAAAAUCAAAAGCUUGAACUUGUCCAGUAAAAAUCUGUGUGAUGCACUCAAAACAGCAGUCUGAUAAAUACUAACUAAAUAGAAGGUUUGUGUUUAGUUCUCUCUGUACAUGUACUGUAUAUGUAUGUAUUUAUUUGUCUCAUGUAUUGUGCCAACUUGUCAGAAAAAAAAAAAAAACUCGCUUUCCGAUAACCAGCAAAUAAGCGUUUUGUGUGCGUAAUUGUAUUGUGAACACACGUGUAUGGACAGAGGUGCCGUCUCGCCCCUUUGUAUGUACAGUGGCGGUGCUUUGUUUUCUUAAGUUGUUUUUCUUUUCUUUUUUUUGCAGGAGAUUAUGUUCGACUUGCUCACCUGGGCGCAGCACAGUUAACAAAAAAAAAAAAAAAAAACGUGUUCGUCCCUGUUUUUUUCUUGCUGUUUCUAUGUGGAAGGUCCCCCACCUUUAUGACUUCAUCGUGAUGAGCUUUUUUUUGUAAAUGUUUUUCAAAGACUGGAAAGAGGUAAAAAAAAAAAA